GUUUUUAUCCGGAACUGUAACUGACAAACGUUGUUAAGGAUUCCAAGUUCGCAUUAAACCUUUCUGAAGCUCUUGGAUAAACAUAAUUGGACCCAAAGAUGACUGGUACAGUGAAGACCCUGGGCAUACUGUUUGACAAUGAGCAGAGAAAUGGGUAUAGCUCAGGUGAUGUUGUGUCUGGACAUGUUUUGCUCGAGCUUUCUAAAGAGAUCAAUAUCAAAAGUAUCAAAAUGUCAGCUGAAGGAUAUGCCAGGACACGUUGGCUUGAUGGACCAGUACCUUGUUCAGCUGUCACGAUGGCAGGAACCUGUACAGAGGAAAGACAAUGCUUGUCUCUGUCCCAGAUGCUCAUGCAAUCGACAGAUGGUGAACACAUUAGUCUUAAUGCUGGACGACAUGAGAUCCCUUUUGAUUUUCAGCUCCCUCAGAGUCCUCUGGUUUCUUCAUUCUCUGGGAAGUACGGCAAUGUAUUCUAUACAGUAAGGGCCAUAUUACGAAGUCCAUCCCAUCCAGAUGUACACGUUAGUCGAGAACUUCCUGUUGUUAACCAAAUCGACAUCAAUUCACCAGUUUAUCGGUGUCCCAUCUCAAAAAGCGACCAGAAGUUGAUUGGCUGGUGGAUGUUCACCUCAGGUCCCAUAUCCCUUAAUGUCAGAAUUGAACGCAAAGGUUAUUGCAACGGAGAGUCUAUCCCGAUUUUUGCAGAGAUUAAGAACUGCUCUUCUCGUCUCAUUAUGCCAAAGGCUGUGAUGUACCAAAUUCAAACAUACAUGGUCAAGGAAGACACAAAAAGACAUAAAGUAGAGGUUGCCCAUGUGAAGGGAAACCAUAUCCCCCCAGGCUGCUUUGACACAUGGAAUGGAAAAGCCCUGAAGAUUCCUCCCGUCUCUCCCUCCAUCCUAAACUCUCCUGUCUUGAGAGUGGAAUAUUCCCUAGUUGUAAUGGUUCAGAUACCAGGUGCCAAAAAACUGGAGGUGGAGCUGCCUUUGGUCAUUGGCACUGUACCCUUCAAUGGUUCUGCCAGUCACACUUUCAGUGUGAACAGCCAGUUCAGUAUGGACCUUAGCUGGCUUAGCCUAGCUCUCCCUGAUGUGCCUGAGGCCCCCCCUAACUAUGCUGAUGUCGUGUCAGAAGAGGAAUUUGAGCAACAUCAGACCUCCUCCUGCCAGUACGAUGAGCUGGAGAGACAGCUGGGAGGACCGGCCUUCGCAUACAUGCAGGAGUUCAGAUUCCAGCCGCCCCCAGUUUACUCAGAGGUAGAUCCUUACUGUGAGAAUGGCCGGCCUGUUUUCUCAAUUUGAAUGAUGGAUCCCUCGCAAAGGAUCAGUGAAGCUUCCAUCC